CUUUAUCUUUACACCCAAUAUAUAUAUAUAUAUAUCUCAAAAAAUAUUUUAAAAAGUACUCUUAUUACAGCAUACGUUUAUUGGUGCGAAUCAGAACACGAAACCGGCCUAAAGAAGAAGGAGAAGAAGAAGAAAGAGGAGGAGAAGAAGAAGAAGAAGGAGGAGAAGGAACAAGGAAAACUUGUGGAAUAGUGAUACCUGAGCCCGUUACGUUAGUAUCCAUCUUUUCCCCAAGUCAACUUGGUAAAACACGUUUAUAAAGUGUGAUCAGCUACCUAAUUUAGAUAUAGAUAUUUUUUUAUAUAUAUAUAUGACGGUUUUUACUCACUUCUUUGCUGACUUGUUUAGCUAGCUAACAGUAUCUAACGUUUUAGUUAGUUGGAACUUUGUUGGUUAGCGAGUUGUGCUAGGUAGCUGCUAGCGAUAGCAUCACAUAGACUAUAUGUGAUAGCAUCUUGCUACAUGACUUUGGUGUGGAUGCUAGUCAAAUGAAUAUAAAAAUAAGUUAGCAUAUCUGCUACUGUACAAGUAACUGCAGCCGGCUAGCUAUUAGCUAUAUAAUGAUAUAUAAUAGCGCUUCGUGGGAAUCUAUUCGUUGAGUAUUUUAGAGUUACUAACCUGACACAAGUGUACAGGAUAUAAAUCAUUAUUUGCAUUCCGUGAGUCAAGACAAAACUCAAAAACACCUGUUGAUGCAGAGAAAGUGAUCAAGGAAGGAACUUCUGGACAUUCCAAAAAGCGCUAACUUGAAUGAAGAAACCACCACCAUCAUCAUCAUCAUCAUCAUCAUCAUGAAAGUGACAGUGACAUUUGGACAGACGAGUGUCGUGGUUCCGUGUAAGGAGGGAUGGAAAGUCCGUGAUCUCAUUCAACAAGCCACACAGAGAUACAGAAAGUUAUUGGAACAGGAGGGUGACUUCCUGGUUCGUACCCACCAUGUGGAGUACUGUGACGGGGGCAUCCUGGACCCUGAUGAUGUACUGACUGACCUGGUGGAGGACAGAGACAAGCUGAUGGCCGUCUAUGAGGAGCAGGAAGCCCAGCGGAGAGGAGCUGUGAGUCCCAGAGCAGGAGUAACAGGAAGAACCAGCCAAGACCCCUAUGACGCUGAGGUCUCCGUCUUCCAGCCAAUCAGAGGAGGAGAGAUAGAGGUCAACUCCUCAGCUCUUAAAUCCAACACUCCCCUGCUUGUAAGGAGCAGCAGUGAAUCAGCCCUCAGCCCCCCAGUGGAGACGUCACAGCCCCCGCAGCCUCAGGAGCCCAACGACAGGCCUGGCCCUGAACCCCCCACGGGGGUGAACCAUGGACUGGACAAGACAGGAGGACACAGAGCUGAUGUCUCGACUACCAAACUCAACACAUUCUCUCUCAGCAGCCUGACCAAGACAGUGGAGAUCUCAGGAGAACACGGUCCGCUGGGGAUCCACGUUGUUCCUUAUGUCUCCUCUCUCAGCGGACGGGCUCUGGGCCUGCACAUUCGUGGUGUGGAGGAGAACAGUCGUUCUAAGCGAGAGGGGAUCUUCCAGGACGAUGAGUGCAUUGUUAAAAUCAAUGAUACAGAGUUAAUGGACAAAUCCUUUACCCAGGCACAGGAAGUGUUCCGUUAUGCUAUGCGGUCCCCCAUGGUGCGUCUGGAAGUAGUUCCUGUCUCCAACAGGGAGAGGUACGAAAAGAGCCUGAUUGGUCAGCUCUUCAACCAAUCAGGCAGUCCCAAAGCCACACCCAAGACUUCCUCUAAGGAGCCUCCUUCAAUCAAACCUGCCUUUAAGCCCUCUGACUCUCCUACUGCCCGAAUGGCUGAGGACAGCAGCAGCCUAGAGGGCCGACCAAUGGGAUCCCCCCAUCUCGCCCACCCUGUCCCCGUCAGCCUAUCCCCUGUCCCCAAGGAGAAGAGUGACAGCCCACUCCUGAAGAGGAGUCCCACCUUCUCUACCCUGGUGGGCUUCACCAGCAAGAAGGGAGGGAAGAGACUGAAGAUCGAUUUAAAGAAAGGUCCCGAGGGUCUGGGCUUCACAGUGGUGACCAGGGACUCGUCUGUCCACGGUCCUGGUCCUAUCCUGGUCAAGAACAUCCUGCCGCGCGGGGCCGCCGUCAAAGAUGGACGCCUGCAGUCUGGUGAUCGGAUCCUGGAGGUGAAUGGUGUGGACAUCAGCAGGCGCAGCCAGGAGGAGUUGGUAUCCAUGUUGAGGAGCACCAGACAGGGAGACAGUGUUGCUCUGCUUGUGGCCAGACAGGAAGAUGUUUUCCUGCCCAGAGAACUGGUGUUCUACUAAUCAACCAAACUAUCUGUACCUCUAAAGUCAUCCUGCUCUGCUACAACUUCCAACGUCAAUCAAUUAAAUCAAUUUAAUCAAUUAAUCCAAUUAAUUUAUUAAUAAAACUAUUUCAUUUUCUCAUCAA